AUGGCCAAUAUUUCAUCGUUGAUUAGACACUCUGGUAUUUGGAACGACGAGAAUAAAUACGUCAAUUACAAAAUCGAUGCUGUGACUUUCAAGGAGUAUUCGGCGUAUGAGGAAUUGUUACAAACAGUUGCAACCCAAUUGAAUUUGGACAAGAAAAUGAAAAACAUAAGCAUAAAAUACAUGGUUGAAGGCUUUGAUUAUUGUCGGCCAAUUGUGGUAGUUGAUGGAAGCCACUUAAAAACACCAUACAAUGGAACAUUUGUCUCGGCAAACACAUUAGACGGUGCAGGCAACAUAUUUCCCUUAGCAUAUGGUGUGAUUGAUUCUGAGAAUGACAGAUCAUGGACGUGGUUUUUUGAGCGUUUCAGAGAAACAUAUGGAAUUAGAGAGAAUAUGCGUAUCGUAUCAGAUAGGCAUGAAAGUAUAAACAAGGCUGUUUGUAGAAGUUAUCCAGAAGUUGCACAUUAUGCAUGUAUUUGGCAUCUGUGGGGUAAUGUAUGUAAAAAAUACAAGAAGAGCCAUAAUGUGCUGAGUCCUGUUUUUUAUUCCAUGGCAAAGGCAUACACGCAGGAUGAUUUCGAUGAGUUGAUGGGAAAGGUUCAAAAGGUAGAUAUGCGCGUGGCAAAGUAUUUGGAAUCGGCUGGUAGAGACAAGUGGGCUAGAUUGUAUGCAUCUGUUAACCGAGGGUGGACAAUGACUUCUAACAUAGCAGAGUGCAUUAACCGACAUCUUCUAGUAGCUAGAGAACUGCCUAUAUAUGACUUUCUCGAAGAAGUUAGAAGGAUGUUUGGGAGAUGGAAUUACAAUAACCGGAGAAAUGGAACAUACACGUUCACUACACUCGGUAAAAAGUUUCAGGAGAUGCUAUCAAUCAACGAGUAUCUAUGUCUACGAAUGACGGUAGAACCGUCAACCGAAUUCGUGUACACAGUACAUGAUGGAGGAAGGCGAUUCAUUCUUAAUUUGAAUAGCAAAACUUGCAGUUGUCGUAUGUUUCAACUAGAUGAAAUCCCCUGCCCACAUGCAUGGACUGUCAUUAAAAAGAAAAAUCUGGUUACUGAUGAUUAUUGCUCUGAUUUAUUCAAACCGGAGACCGUGUUGAAGACAUAUGAUGUACCUGUGGAUCCUCUACCCGACGAGCGUGAAUGGAACAUUCCCAAAAACAUCUUGGAGGAUGUGAUUUUUCCACCAAGAUACAAGAGACCGCUUGGUAGGCCAAAGAAGAGGUGUGAUAAGCCUUUAAGUGAAUUGUUGUUUGGAAAGAGCAGACAUGCUUGCAGUACUUGUGAACAACUUGGGCACAACAGACGUUCAUGUAGUUUUGAGCCUUUGAGGAAGUGA